AUGGCAUCAACAGAGUUACAUCAACAUCGCUUCUCGCACCAACAACCACAACAUCACGAACCUCAGAGGCUAUCAGGCAUAUAUCAAUAUCACAAUGCCCCUGAGGUGCUACCCGAGCAUGGAUUGGAGUACGAUGACAACACAUAUCCUGUCUCUGACAAGUAUCCGGUGACCAGCAUGGACGACUAUCCUGCAAGCUUCCACGCACAACAGUAUCGCGACAACAACAAGCCGCCACGGAUUAUUUUCGGAAUGAAAGUGCGAUCAUUCCUGCUGGUGGCGUUUGUGUUCGUCUUGAUAGUUGUCGGCGCAGUAGUGGGAGGCACAGUAGGGCGCAAUGCAUCUCAUGCUGCGACCGCUCAAGCCUUGGCUAGCGACCAAAGCUCACAGUCAGUCACAUCAACAUCAUCACAAUCGGCGGGAGUUCGUACAAUUGCUGCCUCAUCACCGACCACGACUACAUCCAUCAAGUCCACCACACCAACAAGUGCAUCAUCGACUACACUUUCAACACCAACCUUUGUGCCCCUAUCCGCCUGUCCUUCGGCGAAUAACACUCUUUUCGUCUCCGCAAUCUCCAACUCGUCGUCGCUCAUUUCCUCCGCCGACAACACAACAUCUACUGUCGACCUAACAUUUACCCGCUACUGCGAUGCCAACACACCUGCAACAUUCAAGCCGCUGACAUCGGGCUUUGUGUAUACCUUUGACGACUGCAUCGAGAUGUGUGCGGCGUACAAUGUCUAUUCUGGCGGAUCAACGACCUGCGAAAUGGCUGUCUACGACGUUAAGGGGUCAAGACCUGUGAACUGCAUCGUCGGCAGCGCUCAAACCGCUGCUGCUGAGAACAUAGGCAUUGAUGGUAGCCUUGCUAUCGCUUUGCUGAAGUCUUCAGCAUAA